UCCUCAACCUCACCGAUCAAACCAAACCAAGCAAAACCCUAUUAACCUCUUCAUCAAUGGCUGAGCAACACCCCCGCCCACAACAAGGCUACCAGACUCAGCCCCAGUACGACCAACAACAGCAGCACCAAGGUUUCCAGUACGACGACCAACAGCAACCAAAAGGCUUCCUUCCUCAAAAUGGUCCCUCUGCCAAGCAUAUUGUAGCAAUGCUCGCUCUUGUUCCAAUCGGCGGCACUCUGCUCUUCCUUGCUGGGCUCACGCUCGCUGGGACGAUCCUUGGGCUCGCUGUUUCUACCCCGCUUUUUGUUAUCUUCAGCCCCAUUUUGGUCCCGGCUGCUUUGGUCAUAGGCCUGUCCGUGGUCGGGAUCUUAACCUCGGGGGCUUUUGGGAUCACGGCCCUCUCGUCUUUCUCUUGGUUGGCCCAUUUUCUGAGUCGGAGUCGGCUGCCGGAGCAGAUAGGCAAGAAGGUGCAGGAGACAACGGGGUAUUUGGGCCUCAAGGUGCAGGAGAUGGCGGACUAUUUGGGCCAAAAGAUGCAGGAGAGCGGAGGCCAGGUGGGCCACUUGUUGCAGGAGACUGGAGGUCAGGUGGGCCAGAAGACUAGAGAAAUGGGGAAAGAUAUCCAAGAUAAGGCCCAGGAUGCUGGUAGGACACUGGAAGCUGGUAGGGACCAAGAGGGUGGUAAGACCAAAGCAGGUGGCAGGGGACGUUAAGGUGUUGGUGUUGGUGUUACUGUUAAGACAUGAAGAUGAACUGGUUCAUAGAUAUAUAUGAUAUGUAGGCCUUGGUGGCUAGUAAUGUCUCUCUCUCUCUCUCGGGGUCUCUUUGUUUCUCUCUCUGCUUUCU